AUCCAUCCAUCAUAAUAAAUAUAGCCGGAAGCAACAACGUCAACACCUAGAAAUCAACCAAGUGGACAUGUGCAGACAGCAUAGGGAUAUUAUGGUGUGGACGUGAAAUGCCAAGGGGAUAAGGUGUCUGCCCAGAGCCUACUAACCAAUAGCCUCUUCACACGGAUAAAGACAUCAACAAACAAAGGAUGUGACCCAAUGCUGACACUAUAUCCCCCAAAAGUCUCUAUGACCAAACUUCAAAUCGGACUGCAACUUGGGUUUAGGUCUACCUACCUAAACUCAUUUACACACUUCUCAACCAACCAGCCCUAACCAAAUAAACUCUGCACCUCUGAAACCCAAGAUGGCUAUUAGACAAAGUGCCCUAACAGCUGCUGUGGUUACCCUGUUGGGAGCCACCUUGGGUGGCCUGUUGCUAUGGCGACAGAGAGCCCUAAGGACUAAGAAGCAACAGCUUCCUGCUCAGGGUCUGAAGGGUCAGGUAAGGGUCAGCUCUUGUCCCUUACCUGUGGAACCAGAGCCUGUGGUUCUGGAGUGUAAGAAGCCAGUAGAGUCCCAAAUCCAGUUUAAGCAGACCCAGCUAUCCCCGGGUCAGAGUCUGGUCCUCCCCCUGCCUGCUGUGCUACCCCCUGUUGACCAGGUCCUGGCGGUGCAGCCGGUGAUGGUAAGCUCUGAGGAGGAGUGGGAGCAGCUGUGGCCCAUGCUGCAGAAGGAUCUGUCAGUCUACCCCGUCCUCGGCCUGGACUGUGAAUGGGUGAAGAGUCAAACUAAGGCCCUGGGUGUGUCAGUGAAGGGUAAGACUUCAACGGUCUCUUUACUCCAGAUGGCAUCCUACUCUGGUCUGUGUGUGUUGGUGAGGCUGCAGCUGUUCCGUGGUGGCCAGCAGCACCUGCCACUUACCCUGAAAGAGGUCCUCAGCGACCCUCACAUCCUAAAGGUGGGUGUGGGCUGCUAUGAGGACGGGAAGCGUCUAACGCGAGACUACGGCCUGGUGUUGGGCUGUACUGUGGACUUGAGAUACCUUGCACUACGACAAAGGAAGGUAGUGUUGAAUAACGGUCUGAGUCUGAAGUCUCUGGCAGCUGACCUGCUCGACGUCUCUCUGGAGAAAUCCUUGAAGCUGCGCUGUAGUGACUGGGAGGCUGACCCGCUGACCCUACAACAGAUGACCUACGCAGCCCGGGACGCACAGGUAUCCAUCGCCCUCUUCUUUCGCCUGCUCGGCCUCCACACAGACAACACGCCCUCACCUGACACUGGGAGUGGCUACUCCCAGCUGGCCAAUUGCUGCCAGGGUGUGGUGGACACACCCUUCAGGGGGCGUGGUGGAGAAGAGUGCGAGGAUGGAGGGAAAAGUGUGGAUGGAGAGAGGAGGAGUAGGAAGCUCCAGCAGUCUGUUUUUGAAAGCCCAGAGUCUGGGGACCAGCAAGUUCCAGACCCCAGGAGAAACAACAAGAGAAAACCGCUGGGGGUGGGCUACUCUGCCAGGAAAUCCCCUCUCUAUGACAACUGCUUCCUCCAUGCCCCGGAUGGACAACCCCUCUGUACCUGUGACAAGAAGAAGGCCAAGUGGUACCUGGAUAAAGGAAUCGGAGUGCUGCAGAGUGAGGAUCCGUUCAUCGUGCGUCUGCUGUUUGAACCGUCGGGACGUCCAGACUCCCAGCAGGACUAUUACCUGACUGCCAAGGAGAACCUGUGUGUGGUGUGUGGCAAGAACGACUCCUAUAUUAGGAAGAACAUCGUUCCUCAUGAGUACAGACGUCACUUCCCCACGGAGAUGAAAGACCACAACUCCCAUGACAUCUUGUUGCUGUGUACUUCCUGUCACGCUGCCUCCAAUGUCCACGAUGGCUUCCUGAAGCAGCAGCUGGCUGAUGAACACGCUGCCCCCCAGGGUUGUGAGGAGGGUGUGCGGCUACUGGAGGACUCUGACCGCAGGAGGGUUCGUUCUGCAGCCCGUGCCCUCCUGACUGCGGGGGAGGGGCUCCCUGGGCCCCGGAGAGAUGAGCUGCAGGAAGUCAUCAGGAGCUUCUUCAACGACCCCGACGGGGAGCUGACGACAGACACCCUGCAGAGUGCUGCUGGACUGGAGACACGGAUCUUCAAUGAGAGCUACGUUCCCCACGGGCUGAAGGUGGUGCAGGCGCAUGCCAAGCAGGGUCUGAAGGGGUUAAUGGGCCUGGAACGCCACUGGAGGCAGCACUUCCUGUCUACCAUGACGCCGCGCUACCUCCCUCCUCUCUGGUCCGUCAACCACAACCAUAGCAAGUUCUUACGCAAAUACGGCGAGGAUCUCCUCAUCCAGCUCAACUGAACUACGGUCUGCGUUUUAACCUGAAAGGCAAGGCAGUUUGGCAUGACAAAGGAGUCUAAUGAAAUGGAUUGGUACCCAGGCUCUCUCUCUUGCUCUAUUUAUUCAUCAGCUUCUCUGGAUCACCGUUUUUAGUAGUUAAAACAGAAGCUACAUUAUCCACACUGGUGCCCAGAGGGCUGACUGACCGACUACGGUGUCUGGCUGUAGUCUCACCUCCGGCUGUGACGAGGCAGUCUGUCACCCUGACUAAUGGAUCGAGCGGGCCCUUAUGGACCUCGCUUGAACUCAAAACGUCCCCCUACAGGCCAUCCAAUGAACUGGAGCCAGACACUAGCAGAGACUAUUGCCUAAAAUGUUACCCCUCUUCUUUAUAAAGGGCAGUACUUUAGACCAGGACCCACAGGGGGUGCAUCAUGUACUGUCUAGAGCCAUUUCGGAUACGGCCUAGCUGGCGCCUGAGAAGGGAUGGACAGACCGCCUUGGUUCUGACGGGUAAAAGAAGUCCGUAUCAAGAACACCAUCCUGGUCCAAUGCUGCGGGAUUCAUGAUGAAAUAAUAUUGCAUAUGGACACUUUUUAACCAACAACUGUGGUUUGGUUUCCCAGACAGAUUGACUUGUCCUGGUCUUAAACAUCCAUUUUAAAUGGAGAUUCUCUCCAGGACUAAAUUUAAUCUGGGGCCAGGAAACCAACCCUAAUGUAUAUCAAUAUAUAGAAAUGUGGUUUUUGCCCAAUUUCAGAAAAUCCUGUCUUUUUAGACUACGCUGAAACCUGCUCUUAAUUCUCAUUAAAUAUAAAUUGUCAUUUUCCCCUUGCAGGUUUUCAGCCCUAAUGAUAAUUCCUAUGCAUUUGUGUAUGUGCAGAAGUCAACGGUUUGCUUUGCAAAGGUAACUUUAAUUCGACAACACGAUUUGAGGUCCCCAUUUUGUUGUUUAUCUUCAACAGAUCAGACAUGAUAUGACCACCAGCCAUUGGAUGCGAAACAAAUUACACUACUUUUGAAAAAGGACCCAUAAGGCAGUGCGUUUUUUUUAUAUAGUGAUUUAAGGUUUCAUUUCAGUCACAGCCAUUCUCAGGUUCAGUAGGACAAUGUCGAGCGUAGAACGAUUGGCUUGGCGACGUCACGUCACUUCCUCCUGUACUGUCUGGAUGCAUCCCAAAUUGCACCCUAUUCUCUACAUGGCGCACUACUUUACAUCAGAGCCCGUAGGGUAAUGAACUACAUGGAAUACAUCCCAAAUGGCACCCUAUUCCCUAUGUUGGUCAUGGAUGUGUUUCCUCUCUCUCUCUAAUCAGGACACCUCAUGUCACAUGUUUUAGUGUGACUCUUCCCCUCAUUAGAAGAGACUAAAAUCAAGACACGUCUUCAUUCCUCUACAACCAUUCCAACCUCCUUUUCCGCCUCCUAAUCAUUUCACAUUGAGAUAAGGAGCAGCUUGUAUGUAUAGGUAGCCUGAGACCAGCUUGUAUGUAUUGGUAGCCUAAGAGUGACUAGCUUCAUUGGUUAGUAAAGAAUGAUGGCCUUCAUGUACAGAGCAGCUAACUUGUUAACGCAUACAGAGCAACUAACCUGUUUGCAAAGCAGAGAUUUUCAUGUUCUUGAGCAUGACAACAAUUGCGUUUUGUUUCAAUUUAGAAGUGUUUAACUUAAAGAAACUGGCAGCUUUUUCUUUUAUUUACAUUUGUCCAGAUGUAACCCCCCCAUAGAAGCUGUUCUGUUUCCCUAAUAUUGUAAAAUAAAAGAUCAGAUUUGUCUAA